AUGGCCACUUCAACGGCUGUGGAGAGGGAUCCUAACCGCGUCUACUACAGAGCUGGUGGCUUUGAACAGUCGCGACCUAUUCUCCGUGGACCGGAUGCAAAGAAAACAUUUGAGUUUAUACCUACUGUCGACAUGGUUAAUAUCUCAUCACCGGACUUGGAACUUCGGAAAAUGCUUGCUGCUGAGGUCGGACAAGCCAUGAGAGAAGUUGGGUUUUUCUAUGCUACCAAUCCGCCAGUUGAUACCAAACUUAUGGGAUUAUUAGAUGACAUUCUGGAACUAUCCAAGAAGUUUUUUGCACUACCAUUUGAAACCAAGGCAUGUACGAUAACGACUUGGUCUUUUUUCGCUACACGAGCUAAAGAAAAGCAGAACAAGUACCACAUGAACCAAAGCCCAUCAUUCAAGGGUUAUAUGCCAUCAAAGACCAUUGAGAAGUAUGCACCUGAUCGAGAUACCUUUCUAGUUGGAUCCGACUUCACAGAUCCAGGGCAACAUUUCAUCAAAGUCGCACCACCGGGCUCUGUAUCACAGAAUCAAUGGCCGGAUGAGGAGCUCCCAGAAUUUAGGAGUAUAUUCUAUCAGUAUUUUCGCCAAUGCUUUACAUUUGCGAAGCAACUUAUUCAUAUUUUUGCGCUCUCGCUUGGACUAGAGGAGGGGGCUUUUGAUGAGACUUUCAAAGAGCCAUUGACUGAUGCGUUAUUUCAGCACUACUUUGCAGACCCUGACAGAAAGGAAGCUCAAGAAUUAUUUUUCCCACAUGCAGAUUUCAGUGGUAUGGUUCAACGAGAUAACCACAAUGAGACCCUUGUUAACAGAUGUGCAGGUUUAACACUUCUCUUGAAUCAAAAGGAUGUACCCGGACUCGAGGUAUUGAACGCAAAUGGUAUAUGGGUCCCUGCGCCGCCUAUCGAGCAUGCUUUCGUAGUAAAUACGGGAGCUUAUUUUGAGUUGCUCUCCAACUCGCAAUUUCUCUCUACAGUUCAUCGAGUUCACACCAAGCUGAGUGUCGAAAGAUUCUCCCUUGCCACAUUUAUCUCUCCAGACCCGUCAGUCUUCAUUUCUACUCACCCAGCCCUGCUGAAGGAAGGCGAAGAAUCGAAAUAUACCUCACAUCACAUUGGAAAGCGGUAUAUCACUGGUCUAGUCCAUAAUUCACCGAAUCAUCCGUGGUGCAAAAAGCUGAAGGCUUCUGGCAUAAAGGAGGAGGAUUAUAAGUGGGAGCUUCUUAUGCAACCAUUUCCUGAUGACCUAGCCUAG